CCUUCCCGCCCUCGCCCUCCCUCCGGUUCCUGCACCGAGAGUGAGAAAAGCACAACCUCAGGGAGACUUGGCCCUGCGCACAGAUACUUGCUUUCCCCCGGCGGGAGCCCCGGAGGAGGAAACCGGCCCCUUCCCUCGUCCUCCAGUGCCGGGGCCGUGGGCAUCGGAAGCCUUCAGACCCUCCGUGUGGCCGGCAGGCACCUGUCCCGCCUGGAGGCAGCUCUCCUAGACCAGCCAGUCUCCCUCCGCCUCAAGUACAUUUUGUGGACAUAAGCAUUUUUUUAACUUUUUAAAGAACUCGGGUUUUGGUUUUGGGGUUUUUUGUUUGUUUGUUUGUUUGUUUUUUCCUAGGAUUUUUACGAGCUUCCCCUCAUUUGAUUUCCUGCUUCUCCCACCUCAGAUAGCACUGGCUCUGUUUUUCCUGGUACUGUAGUAUGGGGAUCGAAUCAAAAUUGAGAUUUUAAGUACUGCAGGAGCCCUCAAGUCCAUCCACGUGUUAAAAGUGAGCAGUGCUGUUUCUGUCUUUAUUCUUUUCCCCCCACGUCACCUGUCGGAUGUGAUGGAACUCAUGUUCGCAGAGUGGGAGGACGGGGAGAGGUUUUCAUUUGAAGACUCCGAUCGCUUUGAAGAAGACUCUCUUUGUUCCUUCAUCUCUGAGGCAGAGAGCCUUUGCCAGAACUGGAGAGGAUGGAGGAAGCAAUCAGCUGGACCCAAUUCUCCCACUGUCAAAAUGAAAGAUGGGCUGGUGAUCCCAUUGGUGGAACUGUCUGCAAAACAGGUUGCAUUUCACAUUCCAUUUGAGGUGGUGGAGAAAGUUUAUCCUCCAGUGCCUGAGCAACUGCAGCUUCGAAUCGCCUUCUGGAGUUUCCCAGAAAAUGAGGAAGAUAUCAGAUUGUACUCAUGUUUGGCGAAUGGCAGUGCAGAUGAGUUCCAGCGAGGGGAGCAGCUGUUCCGGGUGAGGGCUGUCAAAGACCCUCUCCAGAUAGGUUUCCAUCUAAGUGCCACUGUGGUACCCCCACAGAUGGUGCCACCCAAAGGUGCGUACAACGUGGCGGUGAUGUUUGACCGAUGCAGGAUCACAUCAUGUAGCUGUACCUGUGGAGCUGGGGCCAAGUGGUGUGCUCACGUCGUGGCGCUCUGCCUCUUCCGGAUACACAAUGCAUCUGCGGUAUGCUUACGAGCACCUGUUUCUGAGUCCUUGUCUCGGCUACAAAGAGACCAAUUGCAAAAAUUUGCUCAGUACCUAAUCAGUGAACUUCCACAACAGAUUCUUCCAACAGCUCAGCGCUUGCUGGAUGAGCUGUUAUCUUCUCAGUCUACUGCCAUCAACACAGUGUGUGGAGCCCCAGAUCCCACUGCUGGACCCUCUGCAUCAGAUCAAAGCACCUGGUACUUAGAUGAAUCUACUCUGAGUGACAACAUAAAGAAAACCCUUCAUAAAUUCUGUGGACCCUCUCCUGUUGUUUUCAGUGAUGUGAAUUCAAUGUAUCUCUCUUCCACGGAGCCACCAGCUGCUGCUGAGUGGGCCUGUCUUCUGCGUCCCCUGCGAGGAAGAGAGCCUGAAGGAAUCUGGAACCUGCUUUCCAUUGUGCGGGAGAUGUUUAAGAGACGGGAUAGCAAUGCAGCUCCUUUGCUGGAGAUUCUGACUGACCAGUGUCUCAACUAUGAGCAGAUAACUGGCUGGUGGUACAGUGUGCGAACAUCUGCAUCACACAGCAGUGCUAGCGGGCACACAGGACGCAGCAAUGGCCAGUCAGAAGUAGCUGCUCAUGCUUGUGCAAGUAUGUGUGAUGAGAUGGUUGUUCUCUGGAGGCUGGCUGUCCUUGACCCAACUGUUAGUCCACAGAGGCGCAGGGACCUUUGCUCACAGCUCAGACAGUGGCAGCUGAAAGUCAUAGAUAAUGUUAAGAGGGGUCAGCACAAGAAAUCACUGGAGAAGCUCUUCCAGGGUUUCAAGCCAGCUGUGGAAGCCUGUUACUUCAACUGGGAGGAAGCUUAUCCCAUUCCUGGGAUCACAUAUAGCAGCACUGACAAAAAGAACUCAUUCUGUUGGGUAAAGGCCAUCCAGCAGAGGAGUUGCCGGUUGCAGUGUACAGAAACUGCCUGUGAGGCUGGUAGAACCCAUGGACAGGAGCCCGGGGGACCAUGUCUGCAACCUGGGGACAGGCUGCGUCCCUCUCCGCAAGAGCCAGCAGUUCGUCCAAAGGAACUUACUGGAAAGCGGAAAGUUGUCUCUGAAACGCCACAGAGGGUUCUGAGACGGCUUUCAGCAGAAGGUGAUAAAGCCGUGUACAAGACUGCAGCGGGCAAAGCAAAGUUGCCAGUGAGCAAAGGCUUGACCAGUAAACAUAGUGGGAAACGCCGCAUGAGCAGUGAAGACAGCUCUCUGGAGCCAGACUUGGCAGAGAUGAGCCUGGAUGACAGCAGCUUGGCUCUGGGGGCAGAAGCCAGCAACACAUUUAGUUUUACAGAAAGCCCACUGAGCAGGAGCUAUAGGGACACCUUUGAGGAGGAUGGUGGGGUGUACUUCUCUGAGGGACCUGAGCCCAGUGUCAGGAGCAGUUCCAUGGCCAAGAAAUCACCCAAGGAUCCUGUGGGGGAAAUGGGUAGUGGUGAUGAUGACCUCCCUUCUGCAGAUGAGAACAGUGGUGGUGUGAGCCUGAAGCCAGAAGAAGUGGGAGAGAAUGGUGCAGCAGGGGGUGGGGAUGAUGGAGAAGAUGACGAUGAUUACCAGGUAUACUAUCUGAAUCCACAAGAGGUAGCCAAGGAAGAUGAUGACAAAGCUGAAGGGGGAAAUGAAGAGGAGCAGGAUAUAUUUGCUGGUAUAAAGCCUCUGGAGCAGGAGAACCGGAUGGAGAUCCUGUUUGCCUGUGCAGAGGCCCUGUAUGCACAUGGAUACAGUAAUGAUGCAUGCCGCUUAACUGUAGAGCUUGCCAGGGACCUACUGGCCAACCCUCCAGAUCUCAAAGUGGAGCAACCACCAACUAAGGGCAAAAAGAACAAGGUAUCAACCAGCAAGCAGACAUGGAUGGCAACCAACACCUUGUCUAAAGCUGCUUUCUUGUUGACUGUGUUGAGUGAGCGGCUGGAGUACCACAACCUGGCCUUUCGAAUAGGAAUGUUUGCUCUGGAGCUGCAGAGACCACCUGCCUCUACAAAGGCUCUGGAGGUGAAGCUGGCAUAUCAGGAGUCUGAGAUUGUAGCCCUCUUGAAGAAGAUUCCCUUGGGCACUAAUGAGAUGAACACUAUUCGAGGAAGAGCUGAAGAACUGCGAGAAGGGACCCUAUGCGAUUACCGUCCUGUCCUGCCUCUGAUGUUGGCUAGCUUUAUAUUUGAUGUCCUGUGCACUCCAGUGGUUUCUCCUACAGGCUCUAGACCCCCAAGCCGUAAUUGGAAUAAUGAAAUGCCUGGAGACGAAGAGCUUGGUUUUGAGGCAGCUGUUGCUGCUCUUGGCAUGAAAACAACUGUCAGUGAAGCAGAACAUCCUCUGUUGUGUGAAGGCACCCGAAGGGAGAAAGGGGAUCUGGCACUAGCCCUGAUGAUUACUUACAAGGAUGAUCAGUCUAAGCUGAAGAAGAUUUUAGACAAACUCCUGGACAGAGAGAGUCAAACUCACAAACCACAGACUCUGAGUUCCUUCUACUCAUCCAGCAAGCCUACGGUAGCAAACCAAAAAUCUCCUUCCAAACAUGCUGCCCAGUCCACUGCAGCUAUCCAGCAGCUUCCAGGGACUUCUGUCACUCAGCAAGCUACUGUAAGCACUGCAGUCCAGAGCAGUCCUGAGAAUUUUGUGGAGAAGAGUGCACAGGAGAGCUCUCAGAGGUCCCCCUGUGAGCCAGCUGCGGAGGCCACUGUCUUGAAACAAGAGGGAAAGGUCCCCAGUCGUCUGGCCCUUGGAAACCGAGGUGGAUACAAUGGGAGAUGCUGGGGUUCACCUGUCAGGCAGAAGAAGAAACACACAGGCAUGGCUAGUAUUGACAGCAGUGCUCCUGAAACCACCUCUGACAGUUCUCCAACACUCAGUCGGCGUCCACUACGUGGGGGAUGGGCAACAACAUCGUGGGGCAGAGGACAGGACAGUGACAGCAUCAGCAGUUCUUCAAGUGAUUCACUGGGAUCUUCCUCUUCCAGUGGGAGUAGGAGAGCCAGUGGGGGAGCCCGUGCAAAGACUGUGGAAGUUGGCAGGUAUAAAGGGAGACGGCUGGAGAGCCAUGCUCCUCAUGUCCCAAACCAGCCCUCAGAGGCAGCUGCUCACUUCUACUUUGAAUUGGCCAAGACAGUCCUUAUCAAAGCAGGUGGAAACAGCAGUACCUCUAUCUUCACCCACCCUUCCUCCAGUGGUGGGCACCAGGGACCACACCGCAACCUUCAUCUCUGCGCCUUCGAGAUUGGGCUGUACGCACUAGGGCUGCACAACUUUGUGUCUCCCAACUGGCUCUCUCGAACUUACUCCUCUCAUGUCUCUUGGAUCACAGGGCAGGCCAUGGAGAUCGGUAGCGCAGCCUUGAACAUCUUGGUGGAGUGUUGGGAUGGACAUCUGACUCCCCCAGAGGUGGCAUCAUUGGCAGACAGAGCUUCACGGGCCAGAGACUCCAACAUGGUGCGGGCAGCUGCUGAACUGGCACUCAGCUGCCUGCCCCAUGCCCAUGCCCUGAACCCAAAUGAGAUCCAGAGGGCUCUGGUGCAGUGCAAGGAACAGGACAAUCUGAUGCUGGAAAAGGCCUGUAUGGCAGUAGAAGAGGCAGCCAAAGGAGGUGGCGUGUACCCAGAAGUCCUGUUUGAAGUAGCUCACCAGUGGUACUGGCUUUACGAACAGACUGUUGGUGGGACCCCAGCCCAGAGAGAAGGUGCCACUGGCUGCAGUGCCAGUGGUGCACGGGCUGCCUCUGAAGCGGCACGUGGGUUGACAGACAACCGGGUGACCUCUGAGCCGACCACUGUAACAGUGGCAGCUGCGGUAACUGCAGCAGCAACAGUCAUGCCGGUGAUCUCUGUUGGGUCGACCAUGUACCAGCAGCAUACAAUGGCAGGGCCAGCAAUGGCACAUACGCACACGCAGGGUCUCCAUCCUUACACCACCCUUCAGACUCACAUACCCUGUAAUCCCCAGUAUAUUGGACACACUAUCCAGCACAUGCCGCGCCCAGCUGUCUUCCCGGUCCCUGGCUCGGCGUACCCACAGGGUGUCCAUCCAGCAUUCAUAGGAGCGCAGUACCCUUAUUCAGUAACAACACCGUCAUUGGCAGCUACAGCAGUGUCAUUUCCCGGUGUGCCCGUCCCAUCCAUGACGCAGAUUGCAGUGCAUCCCUAUCACAGUGAGACAGGACUGUCACUGUCUUCCAAUGUAGCAAUAGGAAGUGUCCAUGCAGGAUCAACGUUCCCAGCGAUUCAGGGGGCUUCCUUGACAACUCUGUCCUCACAGCCCAACUCCCUUGUUACAGGGAGUUUUCCUGCCGAGGAUGAGCAGCACAGUCAGCCUGUGAGCCCCCAGGGUCUGCACUACCUCCACUCCGCAUACCGAGUUGGGAUGCUGGCUCUGGAGAUGCUUGGCCGAAGAGCUCACAACGACCAUCCCAACAACUUCUCCCGCAGCCCACCCUACACAGAGGAUGUAAAAUGGCUCCUUGGGUUAGCUGCAAAGUUAGGUGUAAACUACGUGCAUCAGUUUUGCGUUGGUGCGGCCAAGGGGGUGCUGAGCCCUUUUGUGCUCCAGGAGAUCAUCAUGGAAGCUCUACAGAGGCUCAACCCUGCCCAUGUGCACAACCACCUGCGCACCCCAGCCUUCCACCAGCUGGUGCAGAGGUGCCAACAGGCCUACAUGCAGUACAUCCAUCAUCGGCUGAUCCAUCUCACUCCAGCUGACUACGACGACUUUGUGAAUGCCAUCCGCAGCGCCAGAAGCGCCUUCUGCCUGACUCCCAUGGGCAUGAUGCAGUUUAAUGAUGUUCUCCAGAACCUAAAACGCAGCAAGCAGACAAAGGAGCUGUGGCAAAGGGUCUCUCUGGAAAUGACCACCUUCUCGCCGUGACAGCAGGUGGAGCUCCAUGGACACACAACCCUUUGCCCCGCAUAGUUGUAGUUCCAUUUACACCAUCCUUCCUUCUGGUGUCUUUUUUAUUUUAGUUUUAACUUGUUGGAAACCACUGAUCUGAUGUAUUUAUACCAUGACAUUCCUCUCCAGCACUGUUGCGUGUUGGUGCUCUGCUUUGCUCGCUCUUCCUCCUCCUUCCCAGUGGGCUGCAGACUUCAGAAGUAUCAGGAAAUGAGAAGGAAGUUGAGCUGGCUGCCCUGUGGCGUAGUCACUGCUUUUUUCCCUGAGUCCCUGGAGGCUGUCCUGCGAGCAAUUUGCAGUGUGAUUACGCACGUGUUAGAGGGGUGGGGGAUUCUGUCUUAAAUAUUUAUUUUGGCAUUUAUAAAUAUGUAAACUUUUUUUUUGUAUGGGCUUCUCUUACUCCACACACCAACUCCUGUCAGGAGAAGCUGGGACUGCUGUGCACAGCCAGUGCUCCCUCCAUUCCUUUCAGCACCUCCUGCUGAGAGAAGCUGAGACUGGAUUAGCAGAGUCAGGGCCACCUCUGCAGCUUUUUGCAGCAGCUGCUGAGGGCAGAGGCUGGAGCUUGGGCAGUCAGAGUCUAUGACUGCACUGAGCUGCCUGGAGACUGCCAGAAGUGGGCUCUUUCUCAAGAGUGUCCCUCACUGGGCACUGCUGGCUCAUAGGAUGUUUUGAUUCUGGUUGUUCUGAGUUGUACAAUCGUGUUUCUUUUGGCUGGGGUAUUACUCUCCUGUAAUCAGUUUCUUAUCCCUUGUCUCUUCUUGUUUCCUGAUUAAACACUUGUUUUCUUAGACUGACUCUCUCUUCUCUCUGCUAUGAUGUUGACAGUCUGAUGGAGCUGGCCAGUUGUGUGUCAGUGGGAGCUCCUGCGAGCCUUGGCAAAUAGCUGUGCUGGUUUGGGGAACAGCAGUCCAGCACAAAGCAGGUGGCCAGAGGUUUUACACAAGCUGUGAGCCAAUGGUUUCUUGUAUGGUACUGCUAUGAGAAUGAUAUGCCUCUGCAGAGGCUGAGGUACGUGCGGAUUGGGUCGUUGGUGGGUGUCAGGGGAGUUGGUGCUAAGCCUGUGAUAUUCUGCCAACACUUCUGCCAGCCACCAGGUUCCUUUCCUGGUCUUGACACUAGUGAUAUUGUGUGGUAAUGCAGACCUUUGUAUUUCCAAAAUAUUGUGCAAAACAGUAGCUGCUCACCCUUGAUGCAAUUGUUAAAGAAGGCUAGGGGUCUGUUACCAUGCGUUUAGAGUUGUUUGGUAGACUAUGCAAGAUAUCCAAUAGGGAUAGCAUUGCAGAAAAUUAAUUUUAGAAAGCUUUUGUUUUUAUGCCAAGGAAAUUUAAAAGGCUACUGCUAUUUGUAAGCAUAGAAGCACAUAAAUUUCAGGGCUUUUAAAACUGGAAGUCAGAUGGUUGAUGGAUGUUAAGAAUCCAUUUCUCAGUAGUAACGUAUUUUGCUUCUUACUUGGGUUUAGCCAAUGACAACGGGGAGCUUUUUGUUUCUGCAAGCUAGAAAUAUGUGCCUGUUUGUAUUUGAUAUUUGCAAUGAUACUCUUAAAAAAUAAACAAUCUAGCUCAUAGGCAUAGGGCAAAACAGAUGAAUGGGCUCCUUUGGUUUGACUUUGUGUACUGCACAGGCCAGAGAGCGUGACUGAGGUUCCUCUACUUCUGAUUGUGCAACAGUAACUAUUUAAAGAUCUCCUUAGGGCCCCUGGUAUUCCUCCAUAAGGCAUCUAGUUACAUGCUAGUUAUAAAUGCUGAUGUUCGUAAGAAUGUGUUAAGUUUUGUGGGUUUUAAACUAAACUCCAUGUUGAUUAUGAGCUGCCUGUUACUGGGCAAAACUCCUGGAUUUGACUGAAGAGCACAGCCUGAUGUCUGGAAGGUUUAGGUUCCUGGAGCACUUUCUGUGCUCUCUGGUUCUUGCAUGUUCAGAACUGGGAAAGGAGUUCAGAGAGAAAUUAUUUUUCUAAUAAAGUCUAAUAUUUUCCUUUCUACUGCUUAUAGGAUAAAAUUAGGGGAAAAGAGGGGAGCAUCUUCUAGAAGGAAAGAAGUAGAAGUCAAAUGGGCAAAAGAGCUGAACGUGUUAAAUAUCAGGAGCAGAAGUGACUGUUACUGCAUUGAGGAUUCAGACUGAAUAGGGAAAUGAAAUGGCAGAGCCUUAUCUGUGAUAUCUAUUAGAAGACUACACUUAGAUCCUGAGCAGGCAAGUUUUCAGACUACUGUAAUUAAAAAACACCAGGAACAUGAAAGCACUGUAACCAGUAUCCUUGUUUUGGGAAAAUACAGUGGAGCUGCUUACCGUGAGGUUAGAAUGGACGUUAUCUGGAAGUGUACUUGCUUUCAUUCUGUGUAGUCCCCAUAAAGACCGUAACAGAAAAGAAAUCCCAAUGCCCAUUAUCUUUCACUGUGCUCAAAACUUUCUCUCUUUGGUUAUUUUACCCAUUCUAGCCCUCAUACAGAUUGCACUGCUUCCAUAUGACAGACCCAGAGUUGUCUUCCAGCAGCUGCAGAGCCCAAACAGAGGAAGAGCCAGGGAAUCUCACCUCAGGCUGACAUUGAUUGAACAAGCAGCUUGGUGGUAUGAGGCACAGGUCGGUUGUUUCAGAAUUUUCUAGUCCUUUCUCUGAAGAAAUUCCUCAGAGUGAGCAGACAGAGAUGGGAGCUGUGUGGAGGUGCUAUACCCUCAUUUAUUCAGGUCUUCCAGAACACACUUUCAGUCUUGGAUCUCUGCAUCUGUUAAUCUGUUGUUGUUCCUGAGCCAUAUCCCAUGGAAAUAUAUCUGAGCCAGGACAGGAUAAAGUAGAAAGUGAGAAAGGAGAUGGUGAUGUUUUUUCUCGCCAUGUGGCUGGGAGGUUCUUGAGGUAUUUUUCUUUUAUGAGAGAUGAGAUGAGCCCUGGUGGCCCCAGAAGCAUUAAUCUACUAUUAAGGCAGAAAAAUUAUUAGCCAGUGCAGUCUUGUUAGUUUGGUCACUGUUCCAGGAAUGGGGAAAAUACUGAGGCUCAGAAGUUCUGAAAAAGACAUUUCAGAAGAUGACCUGUAAGAGAGCAGAGGUUGCAGCCAACUCAAAUUUCCUUUGACUUCAGUUAAUCCAUGUGUUUUUUCACUCAGAGCAAAUGUUCUCUAGGUCCUCACUCUUACCAGCAACACGUGAAGUAGCUGUAGUGAAGGGCAGCUGCCACAACAGCUGGAUGCUUUAGAGCUCUUCUAGAAAUGGUUUUACAUAGCUGAGAAGCUGUUCUUUGUGUUGGCAACUACCUCUUCCCAGGCUGGGUAGCAAAUGCUGAAUUUAGUCAGUACUAAUAGCAACAGGUAUUUGUCUGGAUAGGGCCUGGCCCCCACUUGCAUGAAGACAGAUGAUAUUCUGUGAUGGGUUAUUGCAAUGGGUUAUUGUCAUGUUUGGUGAAGUCUAAUUCACUGUCUGUUCCUUGAAGGUAAGACGAAUGAGGUCUUCAGACUACUUCCUGUGUUCUCUGUUCACAAUUACUUGCUUUCACUUGCCAGAUUUGUUUCUUCUUGUGACCACAGGAAUUGUACUUUCCCUUUCAGCUUUUAGUGUCUCUGGAAAUAACAGCUCACUUCAGUGGGGAGUUGGAGAAGUCAAAUUUGUACAGGUGCAGAUGAAACCAGCUGAGAAAUGGCUGAUGUCUUUACUGCAAGAUAGAUGUAGGGCGGUUUUCACUGUCCUGCUAGUGUUGAAGAUCAAACUGCUUAAUAGUCCUAAUUAGGGCAUUGCACUAAGAGCAGCCUUGUACUCUGAGUUAACCCACUGUCUGCACUUGAAGUUUCAUGGGUGCUUGAGCUAAACAAUUUGGCAUGGUGCACAGAUGUGCAUUUUGAUGCUUUGUCCAAGAAUGCAGAUAAAAGAAGAUGGUGUUCCAGUGUUAGGAUACUUACAAGCAACUCCUUAAAGUUGGAAAUUCCCUCUGUGUCUCAUUUUAU